GAAGGAAAGAAAGAAAUGGUUCAUUGAUUGCAACAAAGCCCUUGUAAGAAUAUAUGUUAACGAAAUAUACCCCAACAGUUUUAAUGAAUAUAAAUAGAUGUGAUUUUUUUUGGAAAAUGAUUAAUUAGAAAUGGCAGAAGCUAAUAGAGAAGAUGAUGAAUUGUCUAUACCAAGGGCUGCAUUAAAUAAAAUGAUAAAAGAACUCAUUCCUAACAUUAGAGUGGCUAAUGAUGCAAGGGAACUAAUAUUAAAUUGUUGUACAGAAUUCAUUCAUCUGGUCUCAUCAGAAGCUAAUGAAAUAUGUAACAAGCAACAGAAAAAGACAAUAUCACCUGAACAUGUGUUACUAGCCUUAGAUAGUCUGGGUUUUGGUAAUUACAAAGAAGAUGCAAUGAGUGUGAUGCAAGAAGCAAAAGCUGUAGCUGCAAAGAAAAGAAGAGGAAGCUCAAGAUUAGAAAAUUUAGGAAUUCCAGAAGAAGAAUUAUUACGACAACAACAAGAACUGUUUGCUAAGGCUCGACAAGAACAAGCUGUGCUUGAGCAGCAGCAAUGGAUACAAAUGCAGCAAGCUCUACAACAACAACAACAACAAAUGUCACAAAACACAGACGAUGAUGACUAUUCGUAGCAAAUACUUUUUGUGUAGUUAUUCAUAUUUUGAUUGUACUAGGUCAUAUUUUAUUCAAAUGUCUAAUAAAAAGUGUUCAUAUA